AUGAUUUAUAUAAUUGAGCACAUGGAAUCGGGUUUCAGCGACUGGGUCGUCUUAGAGUAUAUCAAAAUAAUCCAAGAAAUUGGUUCCCACAAUCUUAUACUAACUUCAUUACCUGUAAAUAUAACUUCAAAUGACAUCCCAUCCUCUCUAACAAAAUUGGGCUUACAAUGGACAAAGAAAGAAGUGACCCAAUUAUACUACGAUGCUCCUAACAAUCAAAUACUAAUUGACGGCGGCAAUGAUGGCAAUAAUAGCAAAAUCCUCUCGCUAGACUCCUUAUCAAAAAACAUCUGUCUUUUGGACCCAGCAUCUAAAAUUGACUUGAAACCUUCUGAUUCAGAAACUUUCCAGUUUUUUGUGUUUGGCGGGAUUCUUGGAGAUCAUCCACCAAAGGAUAGAACUGGUGAAUUGCGUGAGAAGUAUGGCUUUUCUGGUCGAAGAUUGGGCAAGUUGCAAAUGACAACCGAUACCGCUGUUAGAGUAACUCAACUAAUAAUUGAGAAAAAUAUAACAUUUGAUGAGAUCAGUUUCAUAGAUUAUCCUGAGAUCAAAUUCAAUAAAUACGAGUCAACCGAAAUGCCAUUUAGGUACGUUCUUGAUGAUAAUAACAAACCAAUUUUUCCCGAUGGAAUGCUUGAUUUAAUUAAAAAAGAUACAGAAAAAUCUCUCGAUAGUGAAGAUUUAUUCUAG